AUGGCAAAUCGUUCUGAUCCGCAUCCAACUGCCCUAACCCAACACCGGCCCAAUAAUCAUAUCGAGAAUUAUCACAAUAGCGAUGGCAACAAUAAGGGCGAGGACACUAAUUUCAAAUUUUGGAAUUUUUUUGAUCCCAUUUCGGAUUACAGUCUUGCAUUUUCCAACAGCGUUCGCAUCUUGUUCUCUAACUCGGUCGCCAUGUUUAGUACAUAUUUGUCAUAUCCAAUUGUCGAAAGCAAUCGAUGGCUUUUCUGGUUUCUAUUUCCAGAGGCUGAGGAUAAUUUUGCCUCGCUUUAUGAUAUGGAAUCCAGUCCUGUCACAAUGAAGCAAAAUUCUUCCAACUUUGCCUUAUCGGAGCCCUCUUCCUCUACGUGUAACCUAUUAACCGGUUGUCCAGACUUUGACAAACUGCCAUUUCCAGCAUCAGAGGGCAUCGACGGAUUCCACAAUCCGACACUUGGUAACUUGACCCAAGGUGGGGAGGAGGGUGCUUGGUGGAUGCCUUUGUUUUCUGUUCUUUUCAUCUCCCUUUUUCCUUGUUUGUUGAUAUUUUUUUUUGUUUCGGUGAAGCGGCUUUUCAAUCAAAAAUCGUCUUCUGCCGGCACAUUGGAGACAUUUCCAAGACUUUUGACACUGUCCAUGCUAGCUUUUGCUGCAGGGGGGCUCCUAGGUGAUUGCGUCCUCCAUCUUUUCCCUGUAAUUUUUUCUGUACAUACGCCACAUCACGACCAUGGUUGCCAUGUGCAUGGAUCGCUUAACAUGACUUCGAUUUCUUUUAUUUUCGGAAUUUUUUUUUUCUGGACCUUUGAAUUGGCGGCUACAUCAGCACCAAAUCCACACAAACAUAAACUAUCCACUUCAAAGGAUGAACCAGAAAAGCAAAAGAAGCGGUCCAGCCGAUCCAAAAGUACUGUUAGACGAAGAACCAUUGCUGAAGAGCCAACCCCAGAGACCGAUUCCUCAUCAACUACAGUGGCGGCAUCUACAUCUGAAUCCGCAGAAGAAAAUUACUCGAAUCAGCCUGCUGCUACGGUGCAUUCGAACCAUGGCUUUGCUGUGGUUCAUGUCUGUGCAGAUCUUAUUCAUAAUUUUACGGAUGGUCUUGCCUUGGCUGCUGCAUGGUCAACAGAGGCUGGCGGGGGCCGGGCAUUAGGUCUUUCGACUACACUUGCCAUUCUACUUCAUGAAAUACCUCAUGAAUUGGGCGAUAUUGCUGCGUUGAUCCAUUUGGCGGGGUGGUCUUUUCCCUCUGCUUUGAGAAUGCAGCUGAUAACCUCGGCUAUUGGCUCUUUCGGAGGCUUGCUUUUUGGACUGCUGCUUUCCAAAUUGAGUUCCACUUUUAAUUUGACUUCAACCAUCCUCCCGGCGAUUCUGCCAUUUUCGGCCGGUGGGUUCAUAUACCUGUCACUUGCAAUCAUAUUUCCUCAAUUAAAAGCAGAGUGUGCAUUGUUUACCAGAAAACGAGAUGUAUUAUUGAUUGCCUUUUUCGCACUCUCCGGGGUUUUUCUACUGGCUCUCGUGUAA